AUGGAUGUUUUUGCAGUCAGUCUUAUUACAGUAACAAUAUUAACCAUUUGUGGAAUUUGCUUAUUUAUAUUAAUUUGUGCUGUACAACCAAAAGUUUUACAUUAUUUACAUAAAAGAAGAGAAAGAACCUAUUAUAUAACAGCUUUACAAAGAAUAAAUGAUGCUGAAGAUGAUCUUAAUCUAACUUGCUUAGAUUUACAACGAAAAUCAUCAACAUCUGAUGAAAACAGACGAGCUUAUAUUAAAAUAUUAGAACGAAGUAUUCGAACAGGACGAAGUAUACAAGAUGAAAGAGAUAAUGAUGUUAUUGGAGAUAAUCCUCGUUUAAAUUCAUUUUAUCUUCUUCGUCGAUUUAUUAAUCAAUAUUUAUCUCGAACAAGACCUACAACAACAACAACGACGACAACAACAACUAACAUUCGAAGAUGUACAGAGCUAUAA